GCCCUUUCCGUCACCACCCUUGCUCCUAGCCAAGCAGACAGCCAGACACUUCUCAGCCCGUGUUCCUUCUCUUCAGGACAUCACUGUACACCAUCCCCAGGUCUUGCCUCUUGUUGGGUACCAUCGUCUGCAGAGCAACCUCAAUUUCCAGCGGCCAAGAUGGCGAGAACUAGGAGUUCUCAAUCUGCCCGAGCUGGCAAUUUGGCUGAGGCUGCCUCCGCUUCUUCCAGUGCCGCAAUCAACACCCCGAUGCCCCUCAAACGCCCUCGCGGUCGUCCAGCCAAGGCAAUGACUGCUGCCGAUACCACCGUCAACAGAGGUUCACACUCCUCUGCCUCCACCUCAAAUUAUUCAGAGUCUGCCUCAGGUUACUCGACCCCGCUCACUAGCAAUGUGCCCACGCCUGCCCCAGAGAAGUCGACUCGUGCUGGAGCGAUUGAGGUCGUUAUCCCUAUGAUCAAGACUCGCAAGGGCACUUCUGAAGCCAUGCAGAAAGCAAGAGACUUCUUUAAGGGGAAUGACUCCGACCGAAAGCGUGGAUUUAUGGAAAUCGUUGAUAGUGACGAUGAGCUAUUGGACACUUCUCCAAGUGCCCAAGGUACCCGCUAUGACGAGAAGGUGGCUAGACAACUGCAAGAGGAGUUCGAUCGACAGGCUGCCGAGGCCUUGACUCUUGAUGGUGGCCAGGGCCUUUUCGAUUCCGAUGCAGUUGAGGACAGUGACGAUGCCGUCGUGGCCAACUCUAAAGGCAAGGGAAAGGCUGUCAGCGCCCUCCCGCCCCGGGGUGCUCGCACAACAGCAAAAGCCGUCGUGCCUGAUUCCGAUGACGAUAUUCUCACUGAGUCCGACUUCGACAAUUACGAGCCCCCGGCCAAGAAGCAGAAAAGAACCACCGGCAAGGUUAAGGGCAAGGGCAAGGGCAAGGGCAAGAUGCCUGCGACCACGUUCUCUGACGAGGACGACGAGGACGACGUGCCUG